AUGACGUUGUCCGGAACAAUGGAAGCGUACAACAUUCCUGACAAGACAGCUUCCAACCAAAGCGCGCAUAUAAUCACUUUCCUGGAAGGGGAGAUUAUCGAUUUCAACACGCAUACUUUGGAAACUAAGAAUUUUCAUGCGUCGCCUGAAGUUGAUAGUUGCUACUGGCGGGAGCUUGAGCCAUUCAAAGAUCAAAGCCAUGAUGAGAUCGUCAAAAAUCUUGUGAGCAAGAAAUGGCUCAGUGAGAAGUUGGCAAAAGGGUGGAUUUUAAUGAGGUGGAAAGAGCGGUGCUUUGUUUCCCCAUCUCAUUCUCGUCAAGGACUCACGAUCUCAGGAUUUUAUUACAUUUCCAUACGUCGCGAUAAUGGACACAUUGCUGGAAUGUACUACGAUCCAGGAAGCUCACCAUACCAACAACUCACUCUGGACCCUAUUAUGAAGGGCAAAAUGGUUUUCCCGGCUUACAGUUUCCGAUAA